AUGACACAGGAUAUACUAGACUUCAUCAAAGAAAGAAACAUAGACUAUGACAAAUACAAGUUUUUGAAAAAUAAAAUAACACAAAAGUGCAGACAAGCGAAGGAAAAAUGGAUGGAAGAGUAUAGCGAAGAUAUUGAAAUUAUGAUGAAAAGAAACAACAACGGAGUAUACGCUAAAGUAAAAAAAUUGCAAUACACUCCAAAAACUAGAAGCAAUAUUGUUAAAAACAAAGCAGACAGAUGGAAAGAAUACCUCGAGGAUCUAUACAUAGGAGAAGACAUUAAUAAUAGAGAAGAAGAAUAUAUAGAGAAUGAACAAAAUUUGAAUCCAGCUAUGAGAGGUCCAGAAAUUCCUUUUCUAGGAAAAAUUCAUAUGCUUGGGUUGCUAAAGCAAAAUAUUUAUCUCCCCCUGUAAAUUCAUAGGGUCUUAUAGAGAUCGUCACCCAACACUUUCCCACUGCUUUAGGUAUGACUAUUUGUGGCAAAGAUCCAAAAACCACUAAUGAACUUAUCACUGUCCUAACCGAAAUAUCAUAAUUGGAAAAAUAGUUAUAAUAUUAUGAUUAUUUUAUUACCCUGUGUUAUAAUUAUUAUCGACUAUUUGGUUACUCGUUAUUAUAAGUUUUCACACGUUUCAGGAGAAUUUAAAACGGCUGUUACUUAGAGAUUGUCUAUAAGAUAUGAAUGUGUGAUACAUUUUUUAACAUUUUUUUGUGUUUUGGUGAUGAAAAUACAAUUUGAAUUUUUCUUCAAUGCGAUGUCCCCCUCGAAGACAAACAGGUUGAAACAAAAAUUUGACAGAGUUAUUAGCAUAAUGAUAACACUAUAGGCCACUCUGUUUAUUUAUUCCAAUUACUCAGUUAUCCACGUCUAAUUUUUUUAAUAUAAAAAUAUAAUAAUCUCAUAAUUAUACUUGAAGUUGCAGGAAAUUAUGCCGACGAUAGGUACAUCUAUUGUGUUAUNAACACAUGAAGUUAUCAUAGCUCUGAGACAAGUUCCGGAAAAGAGAAUUGACGUGAGCAAAGCAACGUUUAUAGCAUUUGUAGACCUGAAAAAAGCGUUCGACAAAAUAGACAGGAAACUUUUAUUUAACACUUUAAGGGAAGCCGGAAUUAAUUGGAAAGACAGGCACUUAAUAUUGAACUUGUAUAAAGGUCAAACCACUGAAAUAGAUGUAAAUGGAAGCAAGAGACAAGCGAAAAUUCGUCAAGGAGUAAGGCAAGGUUGCCCUCUGUCUCCAUACUUGUUUAAUUUGUUUAUUGAACUUGUAAUAGAUGAAAUGAAAGAACACACUACAGGAAUAUCGAUAAAUGGGAAACAGUUUCACUACAUCCGCUUUGCAGAUGAUAUAGCUCUCCUAGCUGACAGCGUGGGAGAAAUGAGUUUGAUGCUUCAUAUACUUGAAACAUCUCUAGAUAAGUUCAAACUAAAAAUUAACUCCAAAAAAACAAAAGUUAUGGUUAUAAGUAAAGUUAUAACAAAUACUAACAUAACGCUUAAUAAUGAACAAUUACAACAAGUAAACGAAUUCUGCUACUUAGGUAGCUUGAUAACUGAUGUCAACAAAUCUAUGGAGGAAAUAAGAAGACGAAUUGUAAUUCGCAAAACACGCUUUUGAGAAAAAAGGACACUUCUUGCUAAUGAACAUCUAAGUAUAAGAUCAAGAAAGAAAUUCGUAAAAACAUACAUUUAGAGUAUAUAACUAUAUGGUUGUGAAUCUUAGACAAUAGGAAAGUAUGAAAAAGAUAGACUAAAGGCUAUGGAAAUGUGGAUNUGGAGGAAAAUGACUAGAACAAGCUGGAUAGAACAUAAGACGAAUGAAGAAGUGCUAAACGAGAUCAAUGAUGAAAGAACAAUAAUGAACACAAUAAUGAAAAGAACAAUAAAGCUAAUUGGACAUCUACUUAGAAAUAAUGAGUUUAUUACUAUCAUUAUGGCAGGAAAAAUAGAGGGAAAAAGAUCCAGAGGAAUCCUAUCCUAGAGGAAUACUUCUUUGAAGAAAUCUUCAGACGAAUGGGUGUUUCCUCUUACCAAAAUCUCAAGAGGACAGCAUCUGACAGACAUGUAUAGCUACAACAACAAGGCUUGGCCUUUAGAAGCUGAUGAUGAAUAA